AACGUCAUGUCUUCCUCCACAACCAUCUCCACGACCAUGACCACGAUCAUGACCAACCUUGUCUCUGGCGAUUCAGCUUCAAGCGCAAUGUCUGACAAGCACCCAAACAGUAGCAUCAAGCCAUAUCCCAUCCUUGAUCGUCCUGGAAUCUCUAAGACGCGCCCCGAUCCUGGACUGCCCAAAGGCAUUUGCUGGGACUUUUGCCAAGGCCAUUGUAAUUAUGGUGCCGUUUGCUACUACAAGCAUGAUGUCGCCAUUCAGAAAGCCUAUAUCGAGAAGAAGGUUGCAGAAGCUCGCGCCAAGCAGCGUUCUAACCACAACACUGCCACUAUUAAAUUUAACAGUUCACUGAGCGCCAAUGCAAAGGUUCAUGCAGGUGCAAAACAAACUACCCAGCCAACGCUGGAGAUCUCAGCAAAGAACCAUAUCCAAGGACAGCGCCUCGGUCUACCUGCAACUCCCGAUGAGCAUGAGAUGAUCAUCAAUUACGAUUGGAACCAUCAACUGACACCACCUACAACUCCUUAUUCGAAAGCCAGUCGGCCUCCUUGGGAUACUCUCUAUGCAGUUCAAGCUGCUAGAAAUGUCAUCCAAGUUGAUCGACCUUCACUCAACACUGUCCAGCCGGUUACCCAAGCUGCUGAGAUUGGUAACAAGACCGUUCAGAAGCAACUUGCCAUCGCCACCCCAGCUCCGGAGGCUGGCCCAGCUAGCAGAAUCGACAGACCCUCAGGCGAUACCAGACCUCAGCUCACCCAAGCUGUCGACAAAGUUCGUCCACACUCCUCGAUUACUCUCUAUGCAGGCCAAACUGCAGAGACUACAACCAAGGUCAUUCAGAAGCAAAGCGCUGCCCCUAUCUUAGCUUCAGAGAUUGGACAACCUACCUCUGCUUAUCAGAAGAACGCCGUCGCUCAAGUUCAUCGACCUGCAUGGGACAUUCUUUAUCCGGUGGCUCAAGGUAUCGAUAGCAUCACCAAAGCCAGUCCACAAUCGUGUGAUACUCUCCAUCCAGUCCAAACUGAGACAAACAAAGUCGUUCAAGAGGAAUCUGCUCUCCCUACUGCUACUAUAGCUACUCCUCAGCCUGCCACAACCCAUCAAAAGAGUAGCGCCACCCAAGCUCGAUCUGCAUGGGACACUCUCUAUCCGGCUGCUCAAGAUGUCGAAAUAGCUACCAAAGCUAGUCCACAAUCUCGUGAUACCCUCUACUUAGUUCGAGCUGUCGAAACUUUCGCCAAAGUCUGUCAGAAGGAACCUGCUCUCCCUACUGAGACUCUAGUUACUCCUCAGCCUGCCACUGCCCAUCAUAGUAGUGUCGCUACCCAAGGUCGAUCUUCUUGGGAUACUCUGUAUCCGGUUGCUCAAAAUAUCGAAAUCAGCACCAAAGCUGAUCCGCAAUCUUUUGAUGCUCUUCUUAGAGUUGGAACUGUCGAGAUUGUCACCAAAGCUCAGAAGCAAUAUGCUCCCCCUAUUGCGAUUCUAGCUGCUCCUCAGCCCCCUGAUACUCGUCAGAAGAAUUUCGCUACCAGAGGUCGACCUGCAUGGGAUACUCUUCAUAAAGUUGGAGCUGUGGAAAUCGUUACCAAAGUCAUUCCGAAGCAAUGUGCUGUCCCUAUUACAGCUCUAGCUACUCGCCGGCCCGUUAAUACUUAUCAGCAGAGUGCCACUACUCAAGGUCAACCCGCAUGGGAUACUCUUCAAAGGGUUGGAACUGUCGAGGCCACCAGCAAAGUCAUUCGGAAGCAAUAUGCUGCCCCUACUGAAGGUGACCGAUCUGCAUGGAAUACUGUUUAUCAAGGUGAGACCGUCAAGACGACUACCAAAGUUAUUCGGAAACAAUUUGCAGCCACAAUCGCUGUUCCAGCUGCUCCUCAGGCUACCAUUCCCUAUCAGAAGAGUAUCCGCGUUCAGCUCGCAGAGGCUUAUAAGGAAGACCUCUUGUCUGGACGCAUCCCGGAUAGACUCAAGAAGACAGAGCACGCUGAAUUGGAAAGAAUGAUUGCUGAACAGUACUGGCAAGCCCCUCUUCCAGGUACGAAUAAUCCUCCAGCAUCCACGACUACCAGCGCCGCUCCGAGCUGGAAUUCGGGCGAGACCGAUUAUUUGGUCUGGGCCAAGCGCAACCUCACGGAUCCCGCUGCUAUUAGACUCGCCCGAACCUACGGCAAGGAGUUUGAAAGUAGUACCGCCCCCGUACAGCUCUAUCGAGAACUGAGGAAGCGAACACCUCCUCACACCUCAUUCACAAGCUUUUCUCUCCUACCCUACGAAAUCCGCCAACAAAUCUGGGAAUAUGCCUUGGACACCGAGGAGACCGACGUCCGCCUAGUCUGGGACUAUCAGAUGCGCAACGGCCACCACACCAGAACCCGCCUUGCCAACGCCAGUCCGCCGCCACGCCUCCUGCUCGUGAACCACGAGCUGCGCUCCCUGGCCCUAAAGCACACCUACGAGCGCACCUUCAGCACCCGCCACUCCGCGGCCACCACCUACUUUGAUUUCUCUAAAGAUCGCCUAUUCCUACACACCAGCAGCGCGGCCGAGCUCCCGCACAUGCUACGAUACAUCCGCACCCGAGACGCAGAGCGGCUGCGAAGCCUAGCGAUCCCGCUUCGAGACCUCCUCAAGAGCAACGAGCGGCGCGGGCUCGCCCAAAUACUCUGCCGGUUCCGCAACCUCGAGAGGCUGGACCUAGUGUGUGGUGAUGGACUCGAGGACAUGGCAUGCGGUGGUGCCGGCGAUGAGAAGCUGGCGGAGAAGAUCCAGAAAUGGCUGGCUAGCGUGUGGAAGAUCCGACAUGCUCCCGAGUCCGGACCAGAGGUUCAUAUGUACUUGAUCCCGGCAAUCAUGGCGCAUUGUUUGAGGAUUGAUAAUUUGAUGUAUUGAGGGGGGCGGUUGGAGAUGAGAUGAGAUGAGAUGAGCCGUCGAGAGCUUGAUUGCUUGCUGAAUAGCGAGAGGAGAAAGAAACAGUUCUUUGGAUUGGGGUCAUUCAUGAUCGUAUUUUGCAAUGCGCCGAACUUACUGGCUUACGAGAGGGAAGAGGGAGGAGAUGUCCUUGGCAGCUUGCUUUUCAUGAGAAACUGCACGUCCCCCUUUCUUUCUCUUUGCUGUUUCUUCAAUGUCGCUGCUGUUCCUGUUCCUCCUUUUUUUUCUUUCCCUUUCUUGAAUUUGCGGCUCUUUGAUGCUAGGGUUGGUAUGAUGAUGGUACGUUCUGCUGCGAAUCUUUUGUGCACUUGAAGUGUUAGGGGGGAUGGGGAGGGGAAGUGAGAUUUGACUUUUGCUUGUUUUUUUUCUUUUCUUUUUUCUUUUAGCUAAGGAACUUGCGGGAUUGAUUUGAUUUGA